AUGCCUGAAGACGGUGAAACUAGUGGUGGAAGUGAAACGCAAAUAACGCAAAUACUAAAUGAUGCCAUUCAUAUAGCUCCUUCAAGCUCUAGCAUUUAUAGCAGAAAUUUUUUUAAUUAUGACAAAGUUUUGGGUAUUUUCGGUGGCAUGUGGUUGAACGUAAAUUUAAUGAUCGGCAGUGGUAUUUAUGCCACCCCCGGUCAAGUUAUGAAAUUGACGGGGAGUGGAGGAAUGACUUUGAUCAUGUAUGUGAUUGGGUUUUUUUACGUUAUGAUUGGAAGUUUUAUUUAUGUCGAACUUGGAAGUACUAUUUCGGAAUCGGGUGGGGAGCAAAUCUAUUUUGAAAAGGCGUUUCCUAAUCCCAAAAAAAUGGUGGCGUAUAUUUUCAGUUUUAGCACAAUUGUGAAAUACCGUUUAGUAGCAUUUGGCAUUAUAUCAAUUGUUACUGUUUAUCAUCUAUUCAGUAACAAAGUUGCUGUAUGGAUAAAUCAGAUAUUAGCUGUCAUCAAAGUAUUAACAUUAUUUGGGGUUGUGAUUAUUGGGUUCACCAAAAUGAAAAACAUAAACAUCCACUCAGAAAAAUUUUUUGGUAAUACGAAAGAAAUAAAAUAUUAUAAUAAUUAUUCUAGUUCAAUGUUAAAGGUCCUAUUUGCUUAUUCAGGAUGGAAUACUCUUAAUUAUUCUUUGGAUGAAAUGCGCAAUCCAAAGAAAAGGUUAAGAAUUUCAAAUCCUGCUAGUGUCCUCAUCGUUGGCAUUCUUUUAACGGUACCUAAGGAAUAUAUUGAUCAAUCUACUCCUGAAAUUAUGAGUGCAAAAUUAGGAGAUGUAAUUGGUUCAGCAGUUGCAAUAUCAAUCUUAAUUGCAAUUUCUUGUUUCGGUGCAGUAGGUUCUGAUAUAUGGGGUAAUUCAAGACUUAUAGCUUCCGUAGCUAAAGCCGGAUUUAUCCCAGCAUUCUCUCCAGUUUUACAAAAAUUUGACGAAAGGUGGAAUACUCCAUUUAAUGCUUUAAUUUUUCAAUGGUGUUAUUUAACAUUUAUAAUUUGCCUUCCAUUGGACAAGCCCUAUGAUGCACUUGUAAACAUGUCUCAAAAUACUUACAUUAUUUUUUAUUUUAUGUCUGCAAUAGGACUAUUAGUUUUACGUGAAACUGAACCAGACCGAGAACGUCCAUUCAGAAUCGAUACAUCAUGGGUUUACCUUUUUAUAUUCUUUUCACUCGCCAUAUUUGUUGGGGUGAGAAAUUCAAAUUCAACCCCUCCAGAAUCUGUUAAUUCAAAUACAUUAACCUAA